AUGGAUACUACAACUUCACUUCCUUUUCUUCCUAGUGUUGACCUUGGGAAUGGUCCUGCAGAAUCAAAAGUAGGACUUACAAGAGACCAAUUAUCUUAUCUGGGGUGCGUUUACUUUACAGCGAACAAUGACACCAUCGAUAUUCUCCUUGGAUUCUUGCAGAGACACGUGGGCAUUGAGACUUAUGUCGAUGUAUCUACUAUUGAAUCUAUAGACGACAUUGUUAUGAUUUUAGAUGCUGGAGCUCGCACAGUGUUUGUGAAGCCAUCACAGCUUCCACACUUGGAAAAGCAUACAGACCGUGUUCUUCCAAUCAUACCACAACCGCAGACAGAUGUCGAAUUUCCCAACGGAGGAUUACUUGCCUUUGUGGACGAAGCCUAUACUCGAUCUCUGCUGGAAGAAUUCAAGACCAAGAAAGUGUCUCCAAUCUUCCUUCUACCAACCCCCGAGAGUGAUUUCGAAUUACUUGCUAAAGUUGCCAAAGAUUUCUCUGCCAUUCCUAUCAUACCUGCGACACACUUGAGCAUCGAAGCGGCUGGAGAAGGUCAAGUCUCCCUUCCAAAAUUGGUUGCGGAUUCAUGGACUUCAGACAGAGCAGACAAAUUGAUUCCUACCGUGGUUACAGAUGAGAGAGGAGUAGCUUUGGGACUUGUAUACAGCAGCGAGGAGAGCUUGAAAGAGUCAUUGAAAACCGGAACUGGAGUAUACCAGAGCAGGAAGCGUGGAUUGUGGUACAAAGGGGCAACAUCUGGAGAUACACAAAAACUCAUUAGAGUGUCUUUGGAUUGCGAUCAGGACUGCUUGAAAUUUGUAGUCAAGCAACAAGGACGGGGAUUUUGCCACCUACCACAAUCGACUUGUUUCGGUGAAUACAAGGGAAUUUCCAAGCUUGAGAAGACUCUUGUUUCAAGGAAGGCUUCGGCACCUGAGGGAUCCUACACCGCGCGUCUCUUCUCGGAUGAAAAGUUAUUGCGUGCCAAGAUUAUGGAAGAGGCAGAGGAGCUUUGUGAUGCCAAGGAAAAGAAAGAUAUUGCUUUCGAGGCAGCAGAUCUUAUCUACUUUGCUUUGACAAAAGCAGUCUCUGCGGGAGUUAGCCUUGCAGACAUUGAACGUAACCUUGAUGCCAAGAGUGUUAAGGUUAAGCGAAGACAAGGAGAUGCUAAGGGGCAAUGGGCCGCAAAAGAAGGAAUCACCAAUGCAUCCACAGCCAAGACCGAAAGCGUUAAGGAGGCCGUCAAGGAAGCUGCUUCUGUACCAAAAUCUGCGGAGGACAAGGCAGGACUCAAGAAUGGACGCAUCACUAUGAAGCGAUACAAUGCUGCAACGACAUCAGAAACAGAUCUUAAGGAAAUUUUGCAAAGACCCUCCCAAAAGUCUACUGACAUGAUUAUGGGCAUUGUGAACCCCAUUAUCAAGGAGGUACGAGAGGGAGGUGACAAGGCAUUGCUUGGAUACACCCACAAGUUCGAAAAGGCAACUUCACUUACUUCUCCUGUUCUCAAAGCUCCUUUCCCACAAUCACUCAUGGACCUUCCAGCAGAGACUAUCGAGGCUAUUGAUAUUUCCUUUGAGAACAUUCGUAAAUUCCACGCAGCACAGAAAGAGGACCCAUUACAGGUUGAGACAAUGCCAGGUAUUGUUUGCAGCAGAUUCUCAAGACCCAUUGAGCGUGUAGGAUUGUACAUUCCAGGAGGUACUGCUGUACUUCCAAGUACGGCUCUUAUGCUCGGUGUUCCAGCUAUGGUCGCUGGCUGUAAGAAGAUCGUGCUGGCAUCGCCUCCUCGAUCGGAUGGUAGAAUUACCCCUGAGAUCGUUUAUGUUGCGCACAAAGUUGGUGCUGAGAGUAUUGUCUUGGCUGGUGGUGCUCAAGCCGUUGCUGCUAUGGCAUACGGUACUGAAAGUGUCACAAAGGUCGACAAAAUUCUUGGUCCAGGUAAUCAAUUCGUCACCGCGGCAAAGAUGUACGUUAGCAACGACACCAAUGCUGGUGUAAGUAUCGAUAUGCCAGCUGGCCCAUCUGAGGUACUCGUCAUUGCAGACAAGGAAGCCAACCCUGCAUUUGUUGCAUCGGACUUAUUAUCCCAAGCAGAGCAUGGCGUUGAUAGUCAGGUCAUUCUAAUUGCUAUCGAUCUUUCCGAGAAAGAAUUGCAAGCCAUUGAAGACGAACUUCACGCGCAAGCUAUGGCUCUACCAAGAGUCGAUAUUGUUCGUGGUGCCAUUGAGCACUCGAUAACUCUUGUCGUCAAGGACAUUGAGGAGGCAAUGAGACUUAGCAAUGAAUAUGCUCCAGAGCAUCUCAUAUUGCAAGUCAAGGAUGCCGCGGGUGUGGUGGAACUAGUUGAAAACGCCGGUAGUGUUUUCAUUGGUGAAUGGACACCAGAGAGUGUUGGCGAUUAUUCUGCUGGUGUCAACCACUCUUUACCUACAUAUGGAUUUGCUAAGCAAUAUUCUGGUGUCAACCUUGGAUCAUACCUGAAGCACAUCACUAGUUCACAACUGACAGCUCAGGGAUUGAAAAAUGUUGGUGGUGCUGUGAUGCAAUUAGCUAAGGUCGAAGAAUUGGAAGCUCAUAGAAGAGCCGUUGGACUAAGGCUAAAGUAUAUGGAUGAAAAUAAUCUAUGA